AAAGGUCAACCAACCUAUUUGCCUUCUUUAUAACAUGGGUCAACCUUUAAAUAUUAAAAUUAGUAUCUAAGUUUGCUGUUCUUCCCCGGUGACGGCAGGCAGUAACAAGUAACAACAUCAAUAUCAUGUUGCCGCUAGUUUUGCAUUGCUAUGGAACUGGAACGCCGUGCAGAAGAACACCGGGUUGGCGCGUUGCGGUAAGAGCUGCCGGCUCCGGUGGGCUAACCAUUUUCGUCCCAACCUUAAGAAAGGCGCUUUCUCACCGGAGGAGGAAAGGAUCAUCGUCGAGCUCCACGCCAAGCUUGGCUACAAGUUGGCACGCAUGGCCACUCAGAGUGAAGCGGCGGCAGCGCCAAGGCCUCCCCCUUUAUCUUCCGGACAUCCAAGCCGUCAACCACCACCAGUUGUCGUUGCCACCGCAGAACCAACAUUUUACCCAUUACCAAACACAUUCGGAGCCCGCUACACCCAUCUCCUCCGCCCCAACUACACCCGUCGCUUUCUCCUUCCAAAUAACGCCGACCCUUGACGUCCCCGUCACCCCAACGCCGCCAUCUCUCCACAGCCCACACUGCACAACUCCGACCACUCUCAACAGCCCGCACCACACAACCACCCCUAUGCUUCUCAGCCCAACUCCACCGAACGCCUCUCCGCUCCCCUUCCCGCACACCCCUGUCUACCCAACUCUCCCUCUCUUCGAUUCCUCCGCCUCCGCAUCCAACCCUUCCACCUCCACCACUAAUUCCAGCUUCUUCUCACCCAGAACCCCGCCUUUCCUCCAGACUCCUCCUCGAUUCAAGCGGCUUCACCGUCAACUCGACUGCGAGAAUAGCAACAACAAUAGCUUUAAUUUUAACCCUGGCAAUACUACCGCCACCAGCGGCUCAACCACCUCCAGCUUUGCCUUCCCCUUUUCGCCUUUGUUGAGAAGCUCUCCUUUUGGACAUACCACUGCUGCCACUUCAAUGCCCAUCUCCACAUACUAUCCUUCCUUUGCCUCGAAACCAUUUUGUUUCAAUCCAUCUACAUCAUUAAGAACAGUUGGUUCCCAUUUGGAUUUGGGACAACUUGCCUCUAUUCCCCACUAUGUUUAUCCGUUGAGAACGGAGCUCCCUUCAAGCCAAUUUUUGUUUCAAGACAGUAAUCCGGAGAUUACAUUCAGUUAUAGGGUAAACGAUGGCAAUGGUGGUGACAUUAACAGCACUAACGAGUAUCAAAAUUUGGGCGAGUCCAGUGGUGGAAGCGGAUUGUUAGAGGAUUUGUUGGAGGAGGCUCAAGCAAUGGGAGGCAGCAGCGAUGGUUUUGGGAGGCAGACUUGCUUCAGUUCGCAAGAGGAGAAGCAAGUCCUGGAUGGGUUCAGCCCUUGGGGAGAUUCAAGCUCUGUGGUAUUGAGACCAAAGGAAGAAACCGCAGACCAGAUGCAAACUGCACAUGAAGACUUGUCACAGCGGCACAAUGUUAUCCCUUCUCCCAUGCAAGUUCAUGAGUGGUACACUGGGGAUGGUAGGGAGGCCUCUAACGGGCAAUCUUCCGUAGUGACGGACGAUAAUCUUGGGCUCGAUAUGCAUCAAUUAGCAUCUCUAUGUCCCAUGGACACCACAGUUGACCAUUGAAGGGUCCUAAGCUAGGACAACUUCCCUGGAAUUCAUUGACAUGCACAACUCAUGUAAACAGAAAAGGUGGAUGAGUUUUACAUUUUGUUCUGUCUUUGCUGAUAUAUAUGAUAUUUUUUUGUAUUUGGUUUGAUUGUAUAUUCUGUAAUAAAGAUAAUAAAAUAAGAAUCCUGAU